AAAAACGUCGAAUAUUUAUUGUUCAUUGUUCUUUUCUUUGGGUUCUGGAAGUUUCGCAUGAUAAGUUGCGUUGCCUUGCGCAACGAUUCAUCAGCUUGCUUGGGCCCGAAGCCUAAUUGGGUCGUCUCGUCUUUUACUUGCCACUGGUUUCUCGCAUUUUCGGUCGCCCUUCUUUCUGGCUCUGCUCCAAAGCCUCGAACAAACCAAAACGUCUAAAACCACCCUCCCUCUCUCCCUAUCUCUCUCCAUUUUCACCUUCAACUUUCUCCUACACACCGUUCUCUCCAAAACUCGUCGACCCUUUUCAAUUCUCUCUCAGAAAUUAUCAAUUUUUCAUCGACUUUUUAUAGUAAAGGUGACGUUUUUGCUGAUUGAUGCUCGGAAUUCGUGCUCCAUAUAAAUUUCAGAGCGUUAGAGCUUUUGGGUUGCUGUGAUUUUGGUGUUUCUGAAUGGCAAUCCAAUCCUACGAAUCCUACGACAUGUUGCUUAAGCAAUUCCUACUCCCGCACCCUUUUGUCCCAUACAUAUCUAUGCUCGUGGGUAUGUUCGCCUCCAAAUUGGUUUAUGAUCUCAACCACUUGCUAAGUGCUGCUUACUUUAAGAGCUAUUCCAACCUUUCAAAGAUGCAACGCAUUGAGUGGAAUAAUCGGGCAAUCUCAACUGUCCAUGCCCUUUUUAUCACAGCUAUGUCAUUGUACUUGGUGUUUUGGUCAGAUCUUUAUUCUGACCAACAGCUCAACGCUUUUGUUACGUUGCAGAGCUCCCCGCUGUCUACAUUUGCCUUGGGGGUCUCAGUUGGGUACUUUCUAACUGACCUUGGGAUGAUCUUUUGGUUUUACCCUGCUCUUGGUGGACUGGAGUAUGUGGUUCAUCAUCUUCUUUCUGUAGCGUCAGUAGCAUAUGCUAUGUUGACUGGGGAGGGACAGCUUUAUACCUACAUGGUUCUUAUCUCUGAGACAACCACCCCUGGUAUCAACUUGAGAUGGUAUCUUGACACGACUGGAAUGAAGGGGUCUAGAACAUAUUUGAUUAAUGGGGUUGUAAUUUUCAUUGCUUGGUUGGUUGCCAGAAUACUCCUGUUCAUGUAUCUGUUCUACCAUCUGUACUUGCACUAUCAACAGCUUGUGAGACACAGCAAGAAACAAGUAUAUUCAGCCUACAUGUGCUUGCUUAACAGGUUAAGCAAAUGCACAUCAUUGGGAAAUUUUUAGCUUUCGGAGUGCCACCAAUCCUAGCGGUCAUGAAUGUGAUGUGGUUUGGCAAGAUUUUCAAGGGAUUGAAGAAGACAUUAGCAAAGAGUCAGUGAAAGAUUCUAUUGAUGGGUGACAGUGGCUUAAGAAGUGACUGAAGAUCUACACCUAUCUGUGGUUAUCUGGAUGUACGAUAUGUCCUCAACUGUUCUUGUACACCCCCGCCUCCUCUUAGCAUGUAAAUGGUAUACAGAAUAGAUCAAUAUGCUGAGCACACGACAUGGUUUCUGAUGCAGUGCGAAUCUAAAGAUAUAGUAGAUGUUCAGGAACCGUUUCUUGUGAUUUUAGAACACAGCUGAACCAUAGUAAUAUUAACUGGGUUCUUGAUCCUGAGUCAAAUCAAUUUCUUUGUUGAUCUUACUUCUGUGCUUGGGAUGGAACUGAAAUUGUUAUUUUUUAUUUUUUUUUAUUUUUUUAUCUCAGCGUUUUGAGCCGGGAAGCGGCAAGCACUUGUGUUCUUCCCACCGCCUUACCAGUCAUGUACAGCGGAGCCUUCAUGUAAUGUGCUGGUAAAGAAGUGGCGGUGUUAUUUCUGGAGCCAUAUAUGUAUAUAGUUCCUGUUUCAGCUUAGAAAAUAUGUAUAGUUUUAUAAGUAGGGAAACACUUGCUCCCACGAAAUAUUGUAUAACAAUUGUGUAUCCCUGUAAAUAAAUAAAUAAAAACCAAUAGCAACAGAACAAUGAAGUUCAAGAAACAUGA